UUAAAAGAUAAAAAAGGAAAGCAGAGUAGGAAGCAAAUCAGCAACAUCUUUAUCUAAAAUCAACACGAAAACCUGGGGUAGAUUCUUCGGAUACGCCAUUAUAAAGCUACCAAACUUAGCACCACCGUCACGUAAUUCCCACUCUUCAAAUAUCUCUCUCUUUUUCUCUGAAACCCUAACACAAAGCACAAACAAGUGAAACAUAAACAACCACCGUUUUCGCUUUUUGGGUCACUGAAGCAUUUCAUCGAAUGGCUUUUGAGCAUAACAACGACAACAGCACAAGCUACCAACCUUCGGAGCCAAGACCAUGCGCCAACGGUUGCGGCUUCUUCGGCACCGCCGGCAACAGAAACCUCUGCUCCAAGUGCUUCAGAGAUCUUUUUCUUGAAGAACAGCGUGCCGCUUCAGCCAAAGUCGUCGUUGAGAAAACCCUUCUCCAUGGCGGCGUUGCUUCCGGGUCCUCUCCUUCUUCGGACACCACCGACUCCUCUGUGGUUCCUGCGGCGGAGCCUCCUUCUUCCUCCGCUGCCGCAGCAGCGCCUUCCGGUCCCGUGAAGCCCUCGAACCGGUGCCGUGGUUGCAACAAGAAGGUUGGGCUGACGGGUUUCGUUUGCAAGUGUGGAGCGACGUUCUGCGGGGUUCACCGUUAUCCAGAGAGACACGAUUGUCCGUUUGAUUUCAAGGGCGUUGGACGUGACGCGAUUUCUAAAGCUAAUCCUGUUGUGAAAGCAGAUAAGCUCGAUAAGUUUUAGUUUUCUUAAUUGGAUUUGUAUUAUGAUGGCUUGAUCAAUUCUCUUUGUUUUAGACCAGUUGAGAAUUUUAGGGGGUUAGAUUGAUAGCUCUAUUUAGGAAUGAGAAGGGCUCAGUACUUUAAAAAGAUGGUUUUUUUAAAAAGGAAAAGUAUAUGAAACCAACUAAUAAUCAGCCAAGAAUGGAACAACAUAAUUAAUUAUAAUUAAUUUUAUUAAUUUAUAAUUUAAUUUGUUUUUUAAAUUAUUGUUGACCACGUUCAAAACAUAAGAGAAGAUACGCUAGUGAUAGGAGAGAAUCACGGAACAGUUCAUUAGUUGGUUCCAUAUAAUUAAUUAUAUUUUAUUAAUGCGUAACACAUGAAACAUAGAAAUCAUAUCCAAAACCAUCCAAUUUAUAAGAAAAAGAAACAUCCGUGUGUCUAUCAGUAGCAACAUCACCGGUGCCUCUGAUUUACUAGUUGGCUGAUUCUUGGCUUAUAUAGAGUUGGUUUCUUAGCAUUGUUAUUUUAAAAAAGUU